AUGGAACAAGAACUCAAGAACUUCAUCAAGGUUUGGGUUUCUGCAAUCAUCUCAAUAUCUUACUGCUACUACUUAUCAACCAGAAUCAAACCCGGAGUCUUGCGAUUACUCUCUCUUCUUCCCGUUUGUGUUCUGUUUCUUGUUGCUCCUCUGUUUUUCUCCACUAUUCAUUUCUGUGGUUCCAUUGCGUUUUUCCUCACAUGGCUCGCCAAUUUCAAACUCAUUCUCUUUGCCUUCGAUCAAGGUCCUCUUUUCCCACUCCCCACAAAUAUCUCCAGAUUCAUAUGCUUCACUUGCUUCCCCAUCAAGUCUCAACAAAACCCUAAAUCUCAAAAUCAGUUGCCCAAAUGGGUUUUUGCUAUAAAACUUGCAAUCUUCGCUAUGUUGUUACAUGUGUAUGAUUACAAACAGCAUCUAUCUCCGAUGGUGUUAUUGGUUGUCUAUUCUCUGCACAUAUACUUGGAGCUUGAGGUUCUCUUUAUGCUCGUCAAAGUUUUGGUCUUUAUCACUCUUGGGUGUGAUCUAGAGCCACAGUCCAAUGAACCAUACUUAUCCACAUCUCUUCAAGACUUCUGGGGUCGCCGAUGGAACCUCAUGGUCCCGGCGAUCCUCCGGCCGGCAGUUUUCGUCCCGGUGCGGCGAAUCACCGAACGGAAAAUGAGCUCCGAUCUGUCUUUGUUCUGUGGGAUGUUCGCGACUUUCCUCGUCUCCGGUGCAGUUCACGAGCUUCUCUUCUACUACGUAACACUUGAGGUUCCUACUGGAGAGGUCACUUGGUUCUUUGUGUUACAUGGAGUCUGCACGGCGGUGGAAGUUGCGGUGAAGAAGAGGACGUUUGUGGGCCGGUGGAGGAUGAGUCCGAUGGUUUCACGGCUGCUCACGGUAGGGUUUGUAGUUGUGACGGGUGGUUGGUUGUUUCUCCCUCCUCUUAUAAGGAGUGGCAUGAUCGAGAGACUCGCUAACGAAGCCUUGUUCUCUGUUGACUUUUUCAAGCGUAUGUUUUUUGCUUUUGUGUGA